AUGAGCACUCCACAAACUUCUGCCUGUGCUCUUAAACCACUUCUGUUUUUUGACAACCUUGUCUCUUAUUUUCUGCAGGUGGACUUAGUCAUGGGUCUGACCUCGUCAUGCACUGAGGCCGCUAAACGUUCGGGCUGUCGGCCUAUCGUAGAAAGCGCCCAUCCGCGCUUCCAGAUGGGGCUCUAUCUAGUCGCUGCUACCGGCGGCAAUGAGCUUGUUCUGGGUGCCCACCAUCUUACAAAAGGUGUCGAAUGGGGCACUCCAACGGCAGCCAAUCGCCUCUGGGCCAAUCUGGCUGCCUUCUCGCCCCGAUGGAACUGCGUCUGCCUUCGAGACCGCCUGCCAGAGGUUAGUGUGUGUAAUUCAAGGCUUAUGAUCAAUUGA